AUGCGCACCCAGCCAUCACAAGCAGAUUGGCCCCCCGAAAUAGCAUCCCCUCUGAUGUCAACCUGUGCUUUUAAGAUCUGUGGCCUGUUUGCCACACAGGGAGCAGAAAACACGGCUCAGAUACUCUUUUCGGCUCCCACUUCCCUCCUCCGCCCACAGUUCAGGAUACACAAAGUCAGCAAAUUUUAUGAAGUGCUGUUGUGCUCUCCUGUCCCUGGCAUCCAUCAUGGUCACACUCCCAGCUCUCUGGAGCUUGACCCUCACUCACAGGGAAAAGUUCGAAACAAAGAAUUCCUGGAAACUGAGAUGGAGGAUGGCAGGGAGACUUCUUUCCUGGGGGCACUGGACAAGAAGACUAAGCUAGCCUGCGAGGGCUUCGGCGAGGGAGCACCGGGCACUCGGGUCCUGCAGCCUCGCGAGUGGGGACCGCGCGUCCGCCUCGCCCGCCUCGCCCGCCCGCCAGCGCGCGCGUCGUGCCCGGAGCCCGGAGCCCGCCGCCGCCGCUCCUGGAGCCGCCACCCGCCGCGGAGCACCCGCAGGCGCUGGGCUUCGGGCAGAGCCGGGCCGGGCCGGGCCGGGGAGCGCGGGGGCCGGCGCCUUUUGUCCCCGCAGAGCCGCCGAAGUUGGCCCGGGGAGCGCACGCGGGUCCCGAUGGCGCGGGCGGCGAGCGGCGCGCCCGGCACGGGCAGCGGGCGGCGCGGGGCGGGCUGGGGCGUGCUGCUGGCGUGGGCCGCGGGGCUCGUGGCGGCGGGUCCGGCCGGGGCGAGCGAGUACGACUACGUGAGCUUCCAGUCGGACAUCGGCGCGUACCAGAGCGGCCGCUUCUACACCAAGGCGCCGCAGUGCGUCGACAUCCCGGCCGACCUGCGGCUGUGCCACAACGUGGGCUACAAGAGGAUGGUGCUGCCCAACCUGCUGGAGCACGAGACCAUGGCCGAGGUGAAGCAGCAGGCCAGCAGCUGGGUGCCCCUGCUCACCAAGAACUGCCACAUGGGCACGCAGGUCUUCCUCUGCUCGCUCUUCGCGCCCGUCUGCCUCGACCGGCCCAUCUACCCGUGCCGCUGGCUCUGCGAGGCCGUGCGCGACGCGUGCGAGCCGGUCAUGCAGUUCUUCGGCUUCCCCUGGCCCGACAUGCUCAAGUGCGACAAGUUCCCCGACGGCGACGUCUGCAUCGCCAUGACCCCUCCCAAUGCCACCGAGGUCGCCAAGCCCCAAGGCACAACUGUGUGUCCUCCAUGUGACAACGAGUUGAAAUCUGAAGCCAUAAUUGAGCAUCUCUGUGCAAGCGAGUUUGCACUGAGGAUGAAAAUCAAAGAAGUGAAAAAAGAAAAUGGUGACAAGAAGAUUGUUCCGAAGAAGAAGAAGCCCCUGAAGUUGGGGCCCAUAAAGAAGAAGGAGCUGAAGAAGCUUGUCCUGUACCUGAAGAAUGGAGCAGACUGCCCCUGCCAUCAGCUGGACAACCUCAGCCACCACUUUCUCAUCAUGGGUCGAAAGGUGAAGAAGCAGUACUUGCUGACAGCGAUCCACAAGUGGGAUAAGAAAAACAAGGAAUUCAAAACCUUCAUGAAGAAGAUGAAAAAUCACGAGUGCCCCACUUUUCAGUCCGUCUUUAAAUGAUUCUCAUGGGCGGGGUGGGGAGUGAGCCAUGAGCUGAGUGAAAGGUGGGGCUGAGAAGACCACCCGAAAGAAGGGAGGAUCACACGCACUGUCCUUCCUUUGGUGUAGGACACUCAUCUAUAGGCUUUAUUCCUGCAGCACCCCUCUCCUUUUUCUCCACAGCCAUGCUACACAUCCCAGUAUAGCCAAUAUUUAAAGCCGCAUGCCCAGGUAAGGAAAACAGAUAGAUUAGGAAGCCCUUUAAUAUGGACCGUGUGGAUCAGUAUAACACUGAGACACAAAAAUCAGUUCAGCCAGAGACACAGUCACUAAGUAAGAGUCUUUUUGCCUGCAAAAAUAAGGGUUGAUUUGAAAGUGAGGAAUAGCAGUAGAGUCACUUUGGCAACUUUCUUUGUCAUUACAAAUUGUGAGUCUAUGCCUUUGGAAGUAGGAAAUUCAACUUUUUGUAAGACAUGUCACCUCAGUGCCAGACUAAUGUCUCUUUUAGUCUUCUUUAGAUGGAAACAGAUUCCUACCACACUUAGAACAUAGCAUUGGUACCCAAAAUAGUAGGCCAGGAAAGAAAAGCACAGGUAGCUCCAUGGAAGUCAAGGGAACUCAUGUCUGCUAUCUUUUUUAUGCAAGUGUCACAAUGUGAUUCAGCUGGUCAUUGGGGACAUAGACAGUGCAGUUACGUUUGCCUCAGUUUAUGAUCUCACCUCCAACACGUGCAGGGUGGCAUUUCCCUGCUUCUGUGAGAAGGGAUGGAAACAACUUGGGCAACAAACCCCAUAGUAUGCAAGAGACAAUGGUUUUCAGACUGAGAAGACAAUGUUUAGUGUAAUUAAAAAAUAGUUAAAAAUAUAGAAGAAAAAUAAGUUAGAACAGGAUAGUAAGUUGCUGGUCAGGGUGAAUUGUAAUUGGCUGGACAACUUAUUAUUCUAAUAUUUUUUGUUCUUUUCCUUGUACAUGUUUUGAAAAAGAAGACACUCAUUUUCUUUAAAAGCUAAAAAACAAAUGUUUGCAUUGAGAUUUUGAAAGGUUCUCUAAGCAAAACAACACCAUCACCUGUCAUUUGCUGGGAGAUGGACUAGACUAGCCAUAUUGUUCCAUUUCCUGAGGGGUUCUGGAUUGUCCUGGGCCCAAAUCAGCACCAUUGGAAACUCAGUUUACAUUCCUGUUAAAAAUUAUUUUAUGACCUUGAUUACCAAUGGAUUAAGGAAAUUCAGAGGAUUCAAAAAAUGUUUGUCCACCCCAGAGGAGAGUUUCGAAAGCAAAUUCAUCUCCAAAGUUUUUCCUAAUGCUGUUUUUCUAAGCUCUGAUGUUUAAUAAAUGCUGCCCACUAACCCAUUCACUAAAGUAAAUUUACUCCUUUUUUU